AUGUCUUGGCUUUCAAGAGUGUCACAUAUUGCUGGUCGUGCCGAAGAUUUGCUCAAUCAAAUUGACCAAAAUGCUGCUGUCGCAUUGAGAAACACAAGAAAAGGUGUUGGUAAGAGUGACUCAGCAAUGAGUUUGAUCGAAAUUGAAGGGGAAGGAACAAAGAAAUUGGGGAAUUUUCAGUCAGAAGUUUCAGGAGAAGCAACCAAACAUCACAUAAGGACAGACUGUGCAUAUUCAUUAUCAGGCCGAAUUCGUAGUAAAAAAAAAGACGAUGAUUUGAUCGCUUAUCUGAAUAAUUCAAAUGAACCGACUUCAAGCCGCUGUUCUUCCGUAGCAAGUUGUUUUUCAGCACCGAAUCCUCAUAUUGCAAAUACCAUUCGAACAACACCUGAUUCGUAUACAACUGAGGAAUAUCGGAAGACGCAACAAGCGGAUGCUCUGAAAUGCUUGCAUAUAAAAGAAAGUCAGAUAGCUGUGAUGUCUGUUCGAUUGCAGGAAGCAGAAGAAGCUAAUGUCAAAAAAGAUACCCAGAUAGCAGAACUCAGUAAAGAAUUGAAGUUGAUCAAGAAAGAAAUAGAAGCAGGAAAUGGUGGUAUCUCGAAUGGUCAACCAUCUAGCUUGAAAAAACUUCAGCAUGAACAUGACAAAGAAAAGGAAGAAUUUGAAAAAAGAGAGCAAGAUUACGUGAAACGUUUAGAAUCAGCCAAUAAUGAAAAUUCGGAGACUGAGAAAGAAUUGCAGAAACUGAAGGCAAAAAUUUUGAAGAUGGAAAUGAAUGAACAAAAUUUGAUGGAAGAGAUAAGACUUGCGAAGUAUAAUUUAGAAGAGAAUAAACAUGAAUUUGACGAAUACAAACAAAGAGCCCAAAAAAUUUUAUCUGCGAAGGAAAAUCUUUUGACGUCUUUGAAGGAGAAUUCGUCCUUUGGAUCAGAUGGUAUAGUAAACAGUGUCGAAUUGGAAGAACUACGAUGUGAAUUUGAUCUAUUAAAGGAUGAUCUUCAGCAAUCACAAUUUGUCAUCUAUAAUCUUAAGGCAGAUAUACAGGAAAUGGAAAAUAAAUUGCGUGAUGAACAGCGAUCUUCUGGAAUACAAAGAGAAAAUCUUUUAAAGCAGAUGCAUCACCAUAUAUCUCAAGCAAACAAAUACAAAAAACAGAUGGAAAGAACUCAGCAAGAAUAUGACUUUUUACAAACGGAAAUACAUAGACAAGAAGAAGCGGUUGAAAAAAAACUUGCUGAGAAAGAUAUUGAAUUGACAAAACUAAUGGAAGAAAAGAAGACAGGCAGAAGAUACGAAAUCGGUGAAAUGGAGCAAAAAAUUUCGCUUCUAAGUGAAAAAUUGAUUUCGAAGCAAACAGCUAUCGAAAGGAUUGAAAGCGAAAAGAGAGCACUCGAGUUACGACUUGAACGUGCUGAAUAUGCAUGUAGAAAUGCUGAAGCAGCUGCGGUUAAAGCAGUGGCGAUUGAAAUGCGCGGAAAUGUUAUCAGUGCAAGUGAUCAAAGUUGUUCGAUAUUUACAAUUUCACAUUCGGAUAAUAUGCUUGUUCACAUGGUUAAACUUGCAGUUUGCAUUUUUGAUCGUCUUGGGUUACGUUUAGCAGUAUUUAUGCGCAGUCCUAUGUUUCGUUUCUUUUUCUUUACCUACUGUUUACUAUUACACGCAUGGGUAUUCUUUAUUCUAUUCACUUACACACCUGAAAUACAUCCCCUCUAA